UCCUCCCCCUCCUCGGGUCGGCGAAAUCUUUCUCGCCGGCUUGUGGUUGCUUGCUUUCCCCGCCUGCAGGGCUACAUCUCCCCGGGCAGAAGAAGGCGCUGGGCGGGGCGGCGGUCAGCAUACGACCCGCUUCCUCCAUGAUCCGCAUCCGGUAUUGACGCCCGGCACCACCACACAGGUCUUCAAUCUAUUUCUAUGACAACAGAGAAGGCUUUGGCAGAGGAAAUGAAAAGUGCAAUGGAGGGUGACUCCAGGCGAACCAAUCAGAUUCCGGAGGAUUAUCGAGAUGUGGAUGAAAGCUCAGACAAGACACCCAGCAAGGCUUCCAAAUCACCCCAGAAGAGCAACAAAAGGCCCAAGACAGUCCCUGUUAAAGUCAACUUGCUUGACGGCUCAGACUACGAGACCGCCGUUGAGAAAUUUUCCAAGGGCCAAACACUGCUGGAUAUGGUUUGUGGCCAUCUGAACCUGUUGGAGAGGGACUACUUCGGUUUGACGUUCCACGACCCCGACAAUACCAAGCAUUGGUUGGAUCCGUCCAAGGAGAUUAAAAAGCAAAUUCGAAUUGGCGCCUGGAUUUUGGGAUUCUCUGUUAAAUUCUACCCCCCAGACCCAUCAGUGCUCAUUGAAGACAUCACCAGGUACUACCUGUGCCUGCAAUUGAGGGACGACAUCCUGUCCGGCCGUCUGCCCUGUUCUUUUGUAACGCACGCCCUUUUGGGCUCCUACACUGUUCAGGCUGAACUGGGUGACUAUGAGCCCGAGGAACACGGGCUGGAUUAUGUGGCUGACUUUCGCUUUGCCCCUAAUCAGACGCGGGAGCUGGAGGAAAGGGUGAUGGAGCUACAUCGUAACUAUAGAGGAAUGAGUCCAGCAGAUGCAGAAGUGAAUUUUCUAGAAAAUGCAAAGAAGCUCUCAAUGUAUGGGGUAGACUUACAUCACGCUAAGGAUUCCGAAGGAAUCGACAUAAUGCUUGGCGUGAGCGCCAAUGGUCUGCUCAUAUACCGAGACCGUCUAAGGAUCAACCGUUUUGCCUGGCCAAAGAUCCUCAAGAUCUCAUACAAGAGGAGCAAUUUCUACAUCAAGAUCCGUCCUGGAGAGUAUGAACAGUUUGAGAGCACCAUUGGCUUCAAGUUGCCCAACCAUCGGGCCUCGAAGCGCCUGUGGAAGGUUUGCAUUGAGCACCACACCUUCUUCAGGUUGGUAUCUCCAGAGCCACCACCAAAGGGCUUCCUGGUGAUUGGCUCCAAGUUCCGCUACAGUGGGCGAACUCAAGCCCAAACCAGACAGGCCAGUGCUCUGAUUGACAGGCCUGCUCCUCUCUUUGAUCGCUCUGUUAGCAAGAGGUACUUGCUGUCCCGAAGUAUUGACGGGGCUUCAACUUUAGGUAAUAGUAUGGACCAGUUGUCUCAGCGAAGCUCGAGUGAACGAACACAGUUCAUGUCUAGAGAAGACCUGGACCAGGAAGGCAGCAUGGACCUAGACCAGGAUCACUACCACUAUGCGGAACAAGACCAUGAUCACGACACUGACCGAGACUUAGAGCUGCACCACGGUCAAGAGCACAUUCGUGGUGCGAGCAUUUCAACAUGCAGCAAAACUUUGGAGCUCAAGGCCGAGGAAGCAGCCUCGCCUGUAGACUCAAAACCAGAGUUGGACAAGGAUCUGGCCUCGGCUCGGCCCAAGCAGGAGCAGUUCUUGGACAAGCCAGAAGAUGUUCUACAGAAACACCAGGCCAGCAUCAAUGAGCUGAAGAGGGCCUUGAGGCAGCCUAAUAGCAAGAUGAACCAGCGGGAGAAACGAGCUUGCUCUGCUACUCCUCCCGGAGGAACCCCGGAGCGGAAACCAGCGACUGGUGAAGUCAAUUUGAUUGACAAGCAGGAUGCUUUUGGACGAGCGCUGGAUUGUGACUCUAAUGAGGCUAGAGACACACUGACGGUCACACCUUGGGCUGAGGAAAAUGGGGGAAUGUGGAACUCUCAAAGUGGCAAAUCUCUUCAAACUGACUUAAGAGCAAUGGGACAGACAAUUAGAAGCCCCCAGGAUUGUCCUUUGGCUGCUAACAAUGGCCAUGAUUUUCUAACAAAGCGUUACAUUCAUGAAAAUGGAUUCAGUUCACCAACUACAAAACAAAGAAAUGGAACACCGAGCAAAGAUGUUAAGCUUUGCCAACAUGAGCAUAACAUACCUCAAGUGCCAUCAAAGAACUUUGCUUUCUCCUCUGAGACUCUGGAUUCGGACUCAAAGGGAAAAGGGGCCGAGAUGUCAAAUGACACACAGAAAAUCGAAAGCCUGAGUUCUGAAGGUUUGCUGAAAGAUUUCUGUAACAGUUUCAACUGUGAACAGCAUGAAGUCACCAAAGUCGUUCCUCUCAAGCCGCAGAGAUCCAAAAGAUCUUUGAAUAAAAACACCAUAGUUUGUAUAAAUCCUCUUAACCAGUCUACGUGGGUUACUGUGGGGGAUACGGCAAUGACACAAUCAGAAGGUGAAUCCGCGGGAAAAAGAAGUGUGGAGGAUAAUGUUAGACUGGCCACAGAUAGAGUCAGUGACUCAGCAGCUAGAAACUACCACAGUGGCGCUGGAACAUUGCAUCAUCAACAAGACUUGAGAGAAUUUAGGGAUGCAGCAAGUCCGCUGCCAAAAAGUGGCGAAAAGCCGGAAGAUGCUCAGAAUAACGCAGAGAGGCUCCUGUCCAGGCUACCAACUGUUCCCCCACGAACACUCCCUCUGAAAAAACAGUGGUCCAGAGACCGCCACAGCAACACUGACUGCAGCCACAUCCACUACAGAACCAACCAAGACGCCACCAAGAGGAAGCAAGCGGAGACCCCUCCGACACCUGCCAUUCAUGAGGAACCUCUCAACGAUUCCUCGCGGGAGCCUUGGGAGAGACGUCUGGGGUCAGUGUCCGAGGACGAUCAAGACCACGAGAUCUUGUACUUGAAGGAAACCCACCUCGGCAUCGAGCGCAAAUGUUCCAGCAUCACAGUCAGCUCCACUUCCAGCUUGGAGGCCGAGGUCGACUUCACCGUUCUCACAGACCUCCACACAGGCAUGGAAGAGUUCUCCCGUGGCAUGACCGAGCUGGGCGAGCGGGACUCGUCGCCUGACGGGGGCCUGCGCUUCGGGAUCGACUUCCUUCAGCAGCAAGGGCCCUCUGGGUCGUCGCCUCCUUUGGUGUCUGCGCCUCCUGUGUCCAGAGGAGUGAGCAGCAGUCCUCCGGCUAAGCCUGUCCAAGUUGAAGAAGUUCGAACGGAAUCCAAACGGCCUGAUAUGCAGCCUGUAGUGCCCAAAAAGCCCAAGAGGUCGGUACCGGUGUCAUGUUCAGUGGACAGGGAGCAGUUACACAGAGAAGCCAGUCGUGUCACCAGCGCCACGCCUCUGAGUCGGGAACCCAGUGAUGUCAUCGGUGCUGUUAGGAAGACGGACGUGAGGACAGAAACCCAGCCCAAUGGGUCAGAGGUCACAACAACCAUCGUGGAGUUCACAGAUCAGGAUCACGGUAUGACUGGCCUGAGCGAGGUCUCUUACUCCACAAGACAGAGCAUUUCCCCUGUGCAUAUGAGCAGUCUUGGAAGAGAGUCAACGGGGUCUCCCAUCCUUGUCACGGAAAAUGUAACAUCAGCGACCACACAGGUUACCAAGACGGUGAAAGGAGGCUACUCAGAGACCAGGAUUGAAAAGAGGAUCAUCAUCACAGGAGAUGAUGAUGUGGACCAGGAACAGGCUCUGGCCAUUGCAAUCCAGGAGGCCAAGCAGCAGCAUCCGGACAUGCAGGUGACCAUGGCGGUAGUUGUCAGGGAAACAGAAUCAUCCGCUGAGGAACGGCAUGGAGAAGAGUCGUGAUUUCCAGAGAUGAGAUGCUGUGACCUAUCAUCCCAAGUGGCAGUCUCCAUAUGUCCCAUACCACCCAGUCAAAACCUUUUGAAUCUAAUUUCUACUAUUCUGAUUUCUAUUGACACACAGCUUCGUUUUUGUGACACAGAAUGCUUUGGGUUGAUGCUGUAAAGAAAAUUUAAGGAAGACAAGUUUGGUGGUGGAUAACUUGCCCUAUAAGAAUUCGACAAUUGUUACUUUUUAUACUUCAAAGAGAUUUUGUUCAUUUUUGUGAUAUUGUGGUGCAAAAAGGGAUGAGAGGUGAAUAUGUAGUAGUAUAACUCUUAGUUCCCAAACUUCUGCUGUGAAUGCUUCCUAAUUGGUAAUGCACUGAAUAACUGUCAUGACGACUGGAAAUGGACAUAGUUAUAUCUGCGUUGCACUGAUAAAGGAGUUAAAUAGAGAAGAACAAUAGCGCCCUCUUGUGGUGUCUUCCAGGCCCAUCGUUUACUUUGAGUUAUAAUUCUACUGUGUAAGUGGUGUUGAUGAAUAUGACUUGCUGCAACGUUGUGAAUUGUACAUUUCAAACAAUUUCUGCCUUUGAAUCUACAAAUCAGGAGUUGCUAAUGCAUCUUCUAUUCCCAUAACAGUUCGGCAUGUUUAAAAGGGGCCCAGUUCCUUCCCUUCUUUCUCAGCCCAAGGAGCUUAACUGCAUAUUUGUGUAGUGAUUAGAUUAAGAUCAUCACUGAGCUUCUGUAGCGAUAUUUGAGAUCAUAUUUGCAUGGCAAUGUCUUUGCAUUAUUGGUCUUUAAUUGAGUAAUGCAUUUAAGCCAAUGUGAAUGGUUAUGAUUUCAGAUUGUAAUGACAGAAACAACAGAGAUCAAGUCAAUCACAAUCCAGACCAGAUGUAUAAAAGAGGAAAUUUAACUUCCUGACAGGAAAUGAAAAGUGCUCACCGAAAGAAGGUGCAGAUUUACCCAGGCUACGUACUCCUAAAACCCAGUGAUAACAGAUAAUAAACUGUAUCCCUCUUCCCACAACUGACACUGACCUGUAUGUUUUUACAAUUAAUAGGCUUCAUAAAAAUAGACAUUUUCUCCUCCCCUCCAUGAUGAAAAACAAAACAGAAGCACACUCUGUUGCUGUUCCACGUUUUAUUUACGCUUCAUUCAUUUCGUCAAGAAUGCUGUUCUUUAUCUAGCAAAGUGCAGCACUCGGAUUGCAGUUUAUUUUGACAGUACAAACGUGCAAUGUGCCACUUGUCAAUUAAAUGGGCUGUGGUUUGUGAAGUUUUUUUUUUUUUGUAUCAACUAGAAAUGUAAUUACUGAAGUGCCAGCCUGUUGACAAGGACUCAAGACUAGUGUCCUUAGAUGUAGAACUUCUGCAAAGGGUUGGAUCAUGUGACUGAUAAGAAUUGUUGUAAGAUUUUUUAUUUAUUUUUUGCUCAAGAAGUAAGGGGAUUAUCCAACAUUUACAUUUGUGUGGUGUAGCUCCGUUGCGUGUCGUGUGACUGGAAUGGAAGAUGGACCAAAAAUAAAACAGUCAUGUACCUUGUAGUUACUGUAUUCGGUCGAGGUCAGUGAAGAUGUGAAGUAGUUGCCGAGGUCCUGAAGGACACUAGAGGGCAGCGGCGAACAAAGACAGCCUUGCAUCAACACAGUGCACGUGAGCUUGUCAUCUUACACUUAAUCAUAUCGGAUCUUCCUGUGCACGUGACAGAAACGUGCUUGUCCUACUUGAGAUCAACUGCAGAUGCUGUGGGCUUUUGACUUUGAGACCCUCUGCACUCCUUCUGCAGCUUCAUUUCUUCUGCAGUGCUUCUCCGUCAAGUUGUGCCGUGUCCUUGCUGUACAUUGUCCUUGCAUUUCUCUCAAACAAAUAAACAAAACUAGUACUUGG